GAUAUCGUCAAAGACCGAUCAAAGACCGGUCGAAGACCGUUCAAAAGCCGGCCAAUGACGGAAUGGCCCAGCACGCAACUGUGAUAUAAGUAUUUGGCAGUGCAAGCCUCCCAAUCGUGUCUUUCUCUGUUCAAAAACCUGCUAAUAACCGACUGAAUUGUAAUCGAUCAACCCUGCAAACUUCCACCUUUUCAGAAUGGUCAAGCUCGCCGCCGUUGAAGCCGCUCCGGUGUUCCUGAACAAGAGCGCCACGACCAAAAAGGUAUGCGACCUAAUCCUCGAGGCCGGCUCCAAAGGCGCAGAUGUCAUUGGGUUCCCCGAAUGUUUCAUUUCCGGAUACCCCGGCUGGCAUGCGCUGAUCUCUCCGACCAACCCGCUCGUGCAAUCGCUCUCCCUGAGGCUCUUCGAGUCCGCCGUCGAGGUCCCCGGCCCGGAGGUCGACGCCAUAUCGGAAGCGUGCAAGAAGGCCAACAUUUACGCCGUCGUGGGCAUCAACGAACGCCGCGCCAACACCACGGGCACGCUGUUCAACACGCAGCUCAUCUUCGGACGCGACGGGACACUCCUCCACAAGCAUCAAAAGUACAUCCCCACGGUUGGAGAGCGGCUGAUCCACGCGCCCGGCCACACCGGCAGCAAGGCGUCGGCAACGACGGACUUCGGCGCCGUGAGCGGCUUGAUCUGCGGCGAGAACGGAAACCCGCUCGCGCAGUACUCGCUGGGGCUGGAUUACCCCUCCGUGCAUGUGGCGUCCUGGCCGCACUUCUUCAGCAUCGACCACGACAUGAGCGACGCGAUCGAGGUUGCAGGCAAGGCCGUCGCCUUCUCGGUGGGCGCGUUCGUCAUCAACUCGGCAGGCCUUGUGGGAGACGAGGAGCUGGAAGCAUACGGGACCGAGGGGGAGGUCCGGGACUUUCUGCUGGGCGAGAGAAGGAAGAGGAGGGCUACAAUCUACGGGCCCGGCGGCUUCGUCGUUGCAGGCCCGCUCGAGGAGGGUUCGGACAAGGAGAUUCUGUAUGCCGAUGUCGAUCUGCAGGUUGUCAAAGCGGUCAAGUUCCCAUUCGACUAUGCCGGGCAUUACCAAAGGCCGGCGAUUUUUGCGCAUCACUUCAAGACGUACCUCGACAGUCCUGAACUGUAAUGUGUUAAGUAGUCGAUGGGGCUUAGCAGUUGUCAUUUCCAUUCACACCAACACCAUAUGCAGCCACUCACCAAGACUUUCUUCGUUCGUUUACCAUAGGUAUAAUUAGUCUUGCACAACCUACUGUCUACAAGAAAGUCGCCCGGAAACAGGCUGUAGUUGGACAUAUUGGCUUCAUGUCGAGUUAUGCACACAGAAACGCAAGGGACCGACUUCCUGUUAUGUAUAGGAAGCUGCUGAUCCUCUAUUCUUAGUCUACUAUAGCUCAAAUAUUGAGAGCUUUAUCCCAAGAGUAAACAGCAUCAUGUUGCAGUGUCGACCUCGGGUGGGCGGACUGGUUGCUAUUGGUUCAGAUUCCUCCCUGGCGCACCUCAAACCACCACAAAACAGACGACUCAAGACCCCCGUUUCC